CAUUUUAUGUACUCUCAAGCAGAUUUUGCAUCAGUCAGAUCAUUUCUCGAGGCCUCAUGUCAAGCACGAGGCAUUGAUGUGAUCUUCCUCCCGAAGUUCCACUGUGAACUAAAUUUUAUUGAACAGUGUUGGGGGUAUGCAAAGAGAAUUUAUCAGAUGAAGGAUCCAUCAUCAUCUGAAUCUGUGCUCGAGCAAAAUGUGAUUCAUUCACUGGAUGCAGUCCCUUUGUCAUCCAUGCGACACUUCGCAACUUGUUCUGCACGUUUCAUUAAUGCUUAUCAAAAGGGAUUAAAUGGUGUGAAAGCUGCAUGGGCUAUCAAGAGGUACCGAGGGCAUUGUGUCCUUCCUCCCAGCAUCAUGCAAGAAUUUGAUGAUGCUUACUCGACUGCCCAAGCCUGA